AUUGCUUUGGAGAUUGUGCGAUACUCAAAUGGUGAAGCAUCAUUACCGAGAGAUCUAUCACAAAUUCCGGUCUUCCUCACUGAAACGCAGCGUGACCUAUUCUUCUCAUUUAUUCGUCCAAUGAAACCGUCGAGCGAUGGCGCAGCCGUUGAGCAUAAAUGCAUGCAGUGCGGCCAGAUCAUACCAAACAUAUCGGAUGGUCGACGACAUGCUGUGAGCCACUUACGCAUUAUGCGUCUACGCUGCUUAUUGUGCGGUUCCGGCUCAUUUUUCUGCUCGGAUAUGCGCCUUCAUUUACAGUACAGACAUUGUGAGAUGUUGCAUACGGCACCAGAGGGAUACGUGGUACCAGGCAAUGCAGUGCCAUGCAUGACACAGAGCCAGGCACGGCUUUUCAUUGAAUUAUAA